AUGAAGCAGGAAGUCUUUCGUCAGAUGAGUCAACUAGAGGGAGUGAUCAACGAGACCAUAGCAGAAGCAGAAUCAGCUGGCCGUUUGCAAAACGGUACCACCGGAGAUGAAGGCUACUCGCUUCUGCCAUGCCCCAAAAGGAGGAGCGAGUUGAUGAUCCUCGCACAGGAGGCACGAAGAAAUUAUGCCCUGGGAACCCCGGCUCCUCGACAGCUAAGCGCCCUCGUCAAGCUCAACCUGCUCACUGCGCUCUGGCGGAAUACGCAGAUAUUGGGCUUCAACGUACACUCCAUCUGUGAGGAUGAGUUCAUUUCUCCACAUAAUCUCCAAGGCCCAGACAUUCCCUGCUAUUCUCGACAAGAGCUCUCGUGGCCUCCAUAUUUACGUCCAACGGAAGCGCAGAAAAAGAUUACACAUCACCCUUUUCUUGACGUCUUCCCGUUUCCGUCACUAAGAGAAGCCGGAAUUCGGGCAGAAGAGCUCGGGUUCUUUGACGAAGAUGACUUUUGCCUCGACAUUUUCCAUCUCGAUGACAAAAAAGACGGCGUCGAGCGACCGCGUAUGAUAGUCUGGGGCGAGUCUUGGGAUCCCCGCGGUUGGGAAGUCAACGUCGCGUUUCUGCGAAAAUGGGGCUGGAUGGUUCGAGGCUGCCCGGAGUUGCUAGAAGGCACGAAUUACUGGCGUGAGAAAAGAGGCGAGAAGAAGUUGAACUUCAAUCUCAACCCGUGA